AUGUCUACUUCCACCGCCACCGCCUCCACCCCAUUUCCUGAACCUCGCCCUGGCCGUUUACGCAGAUUCAGCCAGCUUCGUGCCUAUACUCAGAAUUUGAAUCUAUCUUCUACUUCAGGUCAUCGAGCUCGCCACAGUAUCAGCCAUCGUGUUUCUUGGUUCUCACCUAAUUCUCCAUCACACGUGGGAUCUUCCUCUGCAUGCCCCGAUAGUCCAGCCUUAUCACGCUACACAUCUGCCCCCGACCCACGUUCUCAGGAAUCUGCUAUCGAUAGUCAGCCCUCAUCUGCUGGCUCCACAGGUUCUACUCCUCCAAACGAAUUAAAUCAAACUCCUAAUGAUAUGGCGAGAUUGAGAAAUUCCACUUCUGCCCCAGGUCGUCCCACUCGUUCUCAAGGUCGCACCGCCACUCCAGAGGCUCCAACUUCAGCCCCAGCCCCAGUUCCAGCUCCGACCUCGGCCCCAGUCCAAGCCAUUUCAGACCUGCCAGUGACACCCGGUGUCAUGAACGAGCCUGAGGAAACAACCUCGGCCAAUGGUCCUUCCACCCCAGCGACAGAUCAGAAAGCCACCAUCCGAUUUUUCCCUUACCAGGAUACCUAUCAAAGCUCAAGGCCCUCUCUGCCCUUUGUUCCCAUCUCUCGAACUCUACCCUCGGGAAGCUGCUCCAUCCGCGUCGGUCGCUACUCCGAGCGCGAUGCAGUUGCCAAUCCUAACCCCCUUGAGCCAUCAGAGGCCCCUGUGGGUUUCAAGUCCAAGGUUGUAAGCCGCAAACACUGUGAGUUCAUGUAUGCCAAUGGACAGUGGCACGUCAAGGAUGUGGGAAGCAGUUCUGGUACUUUCCUGAACCACAUGCGUCUGAGUCAACCUAAUAUGGUUUCUCGUCUGUAUGCCAUCAAGGAUGGCGAUAUAGUGCAGCUGGGAAUUGAUUUCCGGGGAGGCGAGGAGAUGAUCUUCCGAUGCGUUCGUAUUAGGAUCGAAUGUAAUAGAUCCUGGCAGCAGAAACCCAACGAGUUCAACAAGAAUACCGAGAGCCUUAUCAAGAAUCUGGGUAAGGGAGAGAAAACAGAUUACUCUGGCUGCCGGGAAUGUUCCAUCUGUCUCGGCUCUGUUUUGCGCCCUUACCAAUGCCUGUUCAUGGCAGCCUGUGCCCACGUCUGGCAUUACAAAUGUAUCAGUCGCUUGCUUCACUCACCCGAUUAUCCAAUGUUCCAGUGUCCCAAUUGUCGCGCAUACACAGAUCUAUCCGCCGAAGUAGACGAUACAAACGAUGUCGAGGAAGCGGCGGAAGAGAAAGAGUUGCCGGCUGCAAUUUCCGAGAACAUGGACUCCCCUUCUGAACAGCAAUCCUCCAACGUGCAAGACGAGUCCGGUCUUCAAGAAGAUGUCAUUAUAGAGGAGUCCGAUUUGAUCGAUGUGAUGGACAAUCUGCAAACGCGAGAUGCACUAGCCCUCGACGUGGACACGGAAGACAGCGGCCGAAGUUCACAUGAAGGCCUCGCUCGCAGUGCUACCGUGAACAUCCCCGGAUGGCAGCCUACGCUACCUGUCGGCGUUCCUCAACGCCGACCACUCAAUACUAGCGAUCGCUUAGAAAUAUCUGACGAUAACCCUAUGACUCCGCGGAAUGACUGGGGUCCCCUAGCCUUUGACGGUCGUGCCGGAAUGUCAUAA